CCAUGCUGCGACAAAGGUUUACAGGUUUUUACAGGUUUACCCACGGUUGGUUGACAGUGGAGCUAGAUUUUCAACAAACAACCCAUAACCACGGCAUCAGUCAACCAACUUAGCUGUUCUUCAGCCCAUUACUGUCACUGGAUCGUCCUUUGUAUUUCAGUGUCUUUGACUCCAGCCAUGCUCUCCUUCUCCGCCCCGCCCCUUUUCUACCUGAGUCUCCUCUUUCUGUCGUACCACUCCCCAGUUCUCUCCUGUUGGACUGGGAACUACAGCCAGUGUCAGUCCACUCCCUUUGUACCAGGCCACAACCUGGUGGGGGAGGGCUUUGAUGUGGUCACCCUGCAGCGUUCAGGAGCCUACCUGAUUGACGUGAAGACUUCCCUCACCCCAGCUGGCACCUGUACUCUCUGCUCCAACCCUCUUCAAGGCAACAGGCUUCAGAAACUUCCAGUCUCUGCAGUGGACUGGCGUGUGGAUAGCCAAUGCGAUACUGGCCUCCACUCAGAUGUACACUCCUCUGUUAGCUCAUUGAUUGACUCUUACACCUCCCAGGACAGUAAAGACUGGAAGGUUGGCUUAAAUUUAGAUAAGUUUGUGUCGGCCAACCUGGAGGUGGGAGGAACACGGUCUGAUGUAUAUAAAUUUGCUACAGCAAGGACCAGAGAGGACCGCUACUCCUUCAGCACUCACAGGGUCACCUGCAGCCAUUACAGUUACAGUGUGUCAGGCAGCCCGCCCCUCAGCUCCGAGUUCAAGGAGGAUUUGGCCAGACUGCCAAGUCUCUACAACUCCUACACCAGGGCUCAGUACAGUGAGCUCAUACAUACCUAUGGCACACACUACAUCUGCCAGGUUCGCCUUGGGGGGCAAAUCAGACGAGUCACAGCUAUACGUGCCUGUUUGUCCUCACUGAAUGGGUUCUCCGCAUAUGAGGUCUACUCCUGCUUAUCAAAGGGCAUCUCUGUAGGCCUGGGGAUGUUGACAUUAUCCGGUAUCCAACCGUCUUGCAACAAAGUCCUACAGAACCGGGUCUCCAGCUUGUACAGCUCUGGUCUCCACCAACACUACACAGAGGUGGCAGGAGGCACUGGUUGGUCGGGAGAGUUUUCACUCACUCAUAAUGACUUCCAGGGCUACAGGAAUUGGCUGAACACUCUUAAGGACCACCCGAAUGUUGUUUCAUACCGCCUUAGGCCAAUGUAUGAGCUGGUGCCAGAUGAGAUACAGAAGGCAGGGAUGAAGGCUGCCAUAGAGCAGUACAUAGGAGACAACGCCAUGAGGAAGUCACCCAGUGAAUCAUAUUGUACCAUAUAUUCCAACUGCUGUCCUAAAAAGGCCUGGAGGGGAACACUGGAGGUGACCAUCGUCCGAGCCUGGAAUCUGGACGGAGAUUAUCUUGGCUAUAGGCCUACUGACAGCUAUGCUACGAUGCAGUACGGUCCCGUCCAUCACAGGACUCGUAUGAUCGAGUCAGACAACCCCAGGUGGAACGCUCGUUAUGAUCUGGGCAUGGUGGACACACACUUAGAUUUGAAGUAUGAGGUCUGGGACGAGGACUGGCAAUAUGAUGACCGUCUGUUAUCAUGUUCGAGACCCUUGGAGCAGGGGAGUUGGAUAUUAACCUGUAGACGUGGGUCAAGUGGCGUUGAGGUUAAGUACACUCUCACCUGCGACACUCAUCUGACUGGUGAGAAGUGUGACCGUUACAAACCAUCUCCACAGUGAGAAAUACAUUUUGGAUCCACACUAUUCACAAAUGCUGCUUGCUUUUCUUUAAAAUCCAACUGAAAUCACAUUUAGUCAUCCCUUUUUGUAGUCAAAAUGAAUGUCAAUGUGUUUUUUAAAUUUGAUAGUUUGAUUGACAACAGCUGGCAGGCUGCCAGAGUGUCGCUGUUAAUUGUUAAUUACACUGAAGCUACAUGGGCAGACAGCGUGUUGUUAGUGGUAUUGAAGGAUAAGGACCACACCAGCAUCUAACUGGACCAAAGUGACAUUUACAUGUUGUUUAAUGUGCUCAGGGUUGCCAACUUUGGGUACCUGGGUGGAGUGAGAUUUUGAUGCCAUGGGCUUAUUCAUGUGUACGCACUUAAUCACAUGCACAUAUCUGGAGUCAAUUCACCAUCAGGGUUUUAAAAAGUAUGCAGCUUAGAUGAGAGCACAGGCUUAUGUCUAAGAUUUAAGGAUAUAGCCUGACUACGCCACCCCAGGACUUCCACCCUGUCUUGUGCUCAGCGUCACAGUGUUAUAAAAACAGAAGUGGAGGUUUCAUUGAGCUAAGUGACUUGACUGUUAUAAUAUUUAUAAAUACAGUAAACCUUCGCUAAUUAAUGCGCUUCAAUGCGCCCUUUGAUACGGACUAAAUCAAUGAGGAAAUAAAACUGCAUGUCUGGCUCUGUAUGAGGGCGGCGACCGAAACAAACUCAGGGUUUGUGUAAAAAAACGAGCAGGUAAGGUUCACAGAGUCAGUUACUGCGGUAACUGACCCAGAGUUUAAGUUACCUCUAUUUCUGGAACUGAAAACCCAGAGUUUCCCUCAUCUUAGGGUUAACAGAGUUCUCACUUAACCCGCUUUCUGAAACAGGGCCUUGGGCUCCUGGCUGUGAGCUUGAGCAUCUUUCUACUCAGAGUAAUUUACGGUACAUAACAACGUUGGCUUGGUUUAACCAGGCUACUAUACCAGAAAGAAUAUGUUCGCCUGUUAGUCUCUGUUGCUGUCGCAGUGUUUUGGAGAGGGUUUUGUCUGUGGACUGCUAAAGAGGGGCGUAAUGUGAAGCGGCAUAACUUGUAGUCUUGCAGGCUGCCGAUGGAUUCUUUUGGUGUUUUGGCGUGAGAACUGUUUGGGCAGCGUGAGACUGAAGGUGGUUGCGUGUCAAACGCCAGGAGUGUGAGAGUUGGCAACCCUGAACUGUGCUGCAGCUAAUUAGCUAUCUAGCCUGCAAACUGAAGUUAGCAGUUUCCCCUGGUGAAUGUUUGUUUGAUUGGUCACUUGUUCAGCAAGCUAAGGUUCAGGACAAGAUGUGUGUUCAUGUUUGUUAGACAAGAAGAAGACUUUAGCGGGUUGUCUGGCUCAGUGUGACCGUACAUACAAGUACAUACCAGUUUUUGAUUGGCUUUAUGAAAAUAAGGUUUCUAUCUACGUAGACGGAUAUCGGAACGGUAUUCAGUUGAAUUAAUGCAAAAUUUGGGGGCGCCAUCAUGAAACCAAAAAACAUAAAAUAUAAGUUUCAUCCACUUGGUUUCUAAUUAUUUUUUUUUUCUCAAAUGAGAACACAGGGCUGGAGAUUUACAGAGCAGAUAUAUGCUGUAGCAAAAAGUGUAAAGUGUAUGUAUAUUUACUGAAAUGAAAAAUCAUCAUUGUGUUUGGUUUUCAAUGAUUAUAAUUAAAAAUGUAAGCCUGUGCGCACAAACAUUUUGAUGAAAACAUUAAUAUCUGCUGCUGUGUGUUAAAUUUCUGAGUGGUGAAUUUUGGUGGUGGGGCCGUUUACAUUUGGACUGCAGAUUGUGUAGCUGGGGAUUUUCAAAUUUCAUUUGUGUCAAAUCUUUGUUUUGUCAAUGUGUGACUUUCUCAUGCAAAUAAAGACUGUCUUAACACGUGCUUCAUGUCCUUAAAAUGAGUGUUUUUUCCAAAGCUAUAUAUACACAUAGGUACACAUGUGAUGUACUCUGCACUCAAAACCAUGUAAAUACUGCAAACAACCUCAGCGCCAGACACACCAACAAAUGGACGGAUUAGGUUGUUAUGGCAG